AUGUCGAGAUCUAGGAAGCUUAUUGAGGCGCUAGAAGAGAUUUUUGAAAGCGAGAAAUCCUAUAUCCGGGAUCUGAUUCUAUGGGAGAGGGACUUCCGGAUAUGGGUUCUUAACUGUCCGUUGUUUAGUAGCCCAAAAGUCAAGUAUGAGAUAUGCGACAGGGUGUUCAUCAACAUGGACAGAAUUCAAAGGUUGCACCAGAGGAUUUACGAGGACAUGAGGAAGAUGAACUUUGGGGCGGGUUUCGAGACGAUGGGAAAGGAUGCCCUGAACAACGCCAAUGAGCACGCAACUGAAAAGGCAGAGGGCUCGAGCGCAAAUCUGCGGCAGCUGGAGUGUGUAUCGAUAUAUGAAAGGUAUGUUGACGAGUUUACUGUGUACUACGAGUAUGUGCGGAGGCUUCCCAAGGCCGAGUUUGAGCUUGAGAAGCUUAUGUAUCGGUAUCCGGACUUUGCAAGCGGCGUGAAGGACUUUCUGGAGCAAAAGAAUGCCGAGUUUCUUGGGAUCAAGCAUUUUCUGUACAGGCCGUCUCAGAAGCUUGCGCGAUACCCCCUGCUUCUGAAGGCUGUUGUCAAGAACGAAGAGGGCGGUCUCAAGGAUGCAUAUGAAAGGCUGGUUGAGAGCUUUAAGGCGAUAGCAAAGAAUGCAGACAGGGAGUUUAACAAAUAUGGCACCCAGUUUGCGAUUUACAGGCUUGGGAUGAGUUUUAAGUACAAGGGGACGGUCAGGAACCAGCAGUGCUUAGCUCUGUUCCAGAAGAAAAGGAAGCUGCUAAAGGAGGGAGAGGCUCUGGUGAGGAGCAGUACCAGGGAAGGGUCUGCGGUAUACAAGGUGUUUGUCUUUGACCACCUAAUCCUGAUAUGCGACUAUCCACAAAACAAGUUUGCGGACUUGUACAUCAACGACGAGCCGAUAUUCAUGCCAAGGCUGAUUGCGCUUAAGGAGGAUCCCGGGUUUUUUGAUAAGGACGAAGACUUCGAGGAGUUUUCUUCGCUGUUUCUAUUUGAGGCAGGAAGCGCCAAGGCCUGGGGCCUAUACUUUCAUGACCAGGGAGAGAGGGAUGUGUACUUCAAGAUAAUCCAAAAGGCAGUCCACAGAGUCAGGGCAAAGCUCCGGGACGACAUAUCUCUUAGGACACUCCCAUUUGAGACCGGCGAAACCGUGAGAUAUGCAUGCCAGGCAAACAAUACAGAUUGGCGUGGAGAGAGCUUUUCGUCCUCAAACUCCGGAGAAGAAAGUUCUUACAUGUCAACCGAUGGAGACUCUCUGGAUAGCGCCGAGAUGCUGAAGCCUGCGGGAUGCGACAGCCUCGAUGAGGCCGUGAAUGCAUUCUUCGAAAACAGAAACAACAGCUCCAAAGAUGGAGAAGAUCCCUACGAAGAAGACCAUGAUGGCUCGGAAGAUUCGCUAGAGCCUGGAUCCAACAAGACAUGGUCUUUGUGGAAGACCUUAUUUCCAACGGCCGACUUCUUUGUGAGCAGUAUUAAGCUUCCUCUGCCCUUGGAUAGAAGCAACGACCCCGAGUAUACCUCUGCGCAGAAGAGCAUGUAUAUUAUAGCAGUUGGUGACGGGGUCUAUCGGUUUUUCAAUCAAAAGAUCGACAGGAUCCUGGAGAGAAAGGUCAGCAAGAUAAUCUACGACUCUACAUAUGAAUUGAUGAUGUACCAGUCGGGUUCGACUCUGUAUGCAUCCCACUUCAAUGUAGAGUCCACAAGUAUAGAGGAGAAUGUCCUGAAGAGCGAUAUCGAAAACUUCUUCUAUGGAGUAACAAAGCAAGGUCCAUGCAUUGCAUCGACGGAUUCUGGGGACGGGAAGUCUGUUUCCAUAUUCCUUUUUUUGGCGGUGAUAUCCAACGAAGCAGUUACGAUUGAGCUUUCCCGAAAGUUGUACGUUGGGCUCCAGGUGUACAACGUCUUCUUCUGCUCGGAAAAGAUUGUGAUCGCAUGCAGGGACUUUGAGAUUGUCGACAUGGAAUCUCUCAGGACAGAAGAGCUUCUGCAGGUCUACGACCCGUGCAUUCCCGUACUUUUCUACGGGCUCAAGAAUACCACUGCAAGAUCCAUACUCCCUGUCUCACCACGCGAGUUUCUUCUGUGCUUUGACUCUGUAGGGUUCAUAGUCGACGACACCGGAAAGCUAAAGCGAACAGACAUUAUCUUUUUGUGGAACUGCAGGCCUGUGGAGUUCAAGCUGUCCAAGAAUUAUGUUAUUUGUCUUGGACAUCGGAUCAUAAACAUAUUUGACCUGAGGACUGGGCUGCUGAUUUUCACCAAACUGCAGCAUGGAUUACGAUUUGUGACCGGAAGCCUUGAGCCAUUGCUGCAUGAUGGAAAGAACUUUUACAAAAUAACAUUUGAAGCAGAUGUUGAUGAGGCAAACGAACGGUCCAAUAAGAGCCAUAGAGACGAGGAGAUAUCGGCGAAAUAA